AUGGUUCUGAUCUGGACUCAGUUUGGUGUCAAAAACAAGAAUGUUAACGUCAAGUGCAAGGUCCGCCCUAUGCACAGGGAUGACAGCUCGAAUUCCACAUCUUCUGGGGAGAGCAAGUCCGACCAGGAGGCCCCCUGCCUGUCCAUCCAGCCCAUGGGGAAGGAUUACUACAAGGUCCUCGGCGUGUCGUCCGACUCCAACGAGGACGAGAUCAAGCGGGCGUACAGGAAGAUGGCCCUGAAGUUCCACCCCGACAAGAACAGCGAGGCCGACGCCGAGGACAAGUUCAAGGAGAUCGCGGAAGCCUACGAGAUCCUCACAGACCCCAAGAAGAGGAGCAUCUACGACCAGUUCGGAGAAGAAGGUCUUAAGAACGGAGGCGGAAUGUCCAUGUCGGGUCAGACCAACUCCCCUCACUACAGUUACCACGGCGAUGCCCACGCCACCUUCUCCUCCUUCUUCCGCGGCUCCGACCACUUUGACAUCUUCUUCGGGACGGACGCCGACGGCGAGGACGACCUCUUCAACCCCUUCAGCCGCUUCACCUUCAGCCACGUGGGCGGCGGCCCGCACGGCAACGAGGGCCUGCGGCGCGGCCGCCGGCGUCUCCAGGGCCUGGCCGUCAUCCAGGAGCUCCUGGUCACCCUGGAGGAGGUGUUCCACGGCUGCACCAAGAGGAUGAAGAUCACCAGGCGGCGGCUCAACCCCGACGGACGCAGCCUGAGGACGGAGGACAAGGUGCUGGACGUGGUGGUGAAGAAGGGUUGGAAGGCCGGGACCAAGAUCACCUUCCCCAGGGAGGGGGACGAGACCCCCAACAACACCCCUGCCGACAUCACCUUCGUCCUCAAGGACAAGAAACACUCCCAGUACAAAAGAGACGGCUCCAACAUCGUCUACACCGCCAAGAUCACCCUCAAAGAGGCUCUGUGCGGAUGCACGGUGAACGUGCCCACCCUGGACAACCGGAUGAUGCCGUUGCCGUGCAGCGACGUCAUCAAACCAGGCGCCAUCCGCAGGUUGAGGGGCGAGGGGCUGCCCCACCCCAAGAUGCCUGCCCAGCGUGGGGACCUGGUGGUGGAGUUCCAGGUGCUCUUCCCUGACAGAAUACCUCCCCAGUCCCGCGAGAUCAUCAAGCACAGCCUGGCCAAGUGCUAGCCUGCCUUUUACAUACCUGCCUGUUUGCCUGCCUGACAUCAAGGCCACAGUUUCAACUGGUGCAACACUGAAAUCCAGUCUGAGCCUUUGCUAUUGGUGCUAUGGCAACCAAUCACAACCUCGUUUUGUACUUGGGGGGGCUAUUGACAAGUGAAAAUGGACUGAAGAUUUGAGAGUGAGUUGGAAAGCUAGAGAAUGAUUAGCUUUUUGUUGAAACUGCAGACACUAUCGGCAUGAUUGUUUGACAUUGACAGCUCCGUGUGAAGAGCUGUGUGUUCUGAUAAAAGGAUUGCUGAGUGUCUGUCUGGAAGCAUGCACAGUGUCCAAUCUGUCUCUUACAUUCAAAGGGAUAGGAGCUGUUACUGUAUACUACAGGCCUAUAUCAGGGACUCAGUGUUCUACUCUAACGUGUGUAGACUUCCUGAAACCUGACCAGUAGAAUCACGUGAAUUAAGUUGUAUGUCGUUCAUAUGACUGCAGUUUUACAUUGAUUUAUUACAAUAUCAAAAAUGUACUU